AUGGGUUUCUCGCGGCUGACAGACAGAUCUGGCUCCUCCUUCGCCAUCAACGGUCUCAAUGCGAUCUUCCGCCUUCUGCAGCUAGCAUUUGGUAUCGUUGUGGUCGGCAUCUACGCUGACGUUCGACAUGCGCACUGGUGGACGGACUACUCACAGACCCGCAAGAUCAUCGUAACAUUCUCAAACAUGCCCGUCUACGGCGGUCAAGAACUAACAGGCCACCAGGACCUUCCCAUCGCCGCAGGUGCUCUCACGAUCCUUACCGCUCUCGUCUUCGGCAUCAUGCCCUUCCUCCUCUCGUACUAUUUUGUCGCCAUCGCAUUCCUUUGGGACUGGAUCGUUUUCUUUGUCUGGUGCGCUGCCUUUGGCACUCAUCACAAGGUCUUCGGAGCCGGCUGGCAGGUUGACUGGCUGAAGGACGAAGGCUACGAGAAGGUCGAUACACUAGUUGCUGGUCAAUGGCUCCUUCUGGGCGGCAUGCUAGUUCAGUUGAUGUCGGCUAUCAUGGGCCCAGUCUGCUUGCUGCUUGACCGCAAGAGCUUGCGAGCUUCUCGAGCCGGUGUCUAG